AUGGAGACAAUUGAUAAAGAGGAGAAAAAGGUUAAAGCAGAGAAUAUUGAUAUGACCAUUGCAGGUGCCAUGGUCAAGAAUGUCGGACAUGAGCAACCAUACCGAUUUGAUAAUACAGUCAGUAUUGCUCUUAAAUUCUAUAAAGAGCUUCAAGAACAUGGUGCCGAUGCGCUUAUUCGGCGAGAAUAUGGAGAUUAUUUAACAGAUCCAGAAGAAGGCUACAAUAUAUCAUUACUCUAUGACCUGGAGAACAUUCCCUCUGACUAUGAAGAAGUCAUCAAGGCAGCUGCCCUCCUCAAGAGGAAUUGCUUUGCAUCAGUUUUUGAGAAGUACUUUCAGUUUCAGGAGAGGGGCGAGUCUGGACAUAAAAGGGCUGUCAUUCAUUACCGAGAUGAAGAAACCAUGUACAUAGAUGCACAGAAGGAUCGAGUGACAGUAAUCUUCAGCACAGUCUUUAAGGAUGAUUCUGACAUCAUCAUUGGCAAAGUGUUUAUGCAGGAGUUCAAAGAAGGCCGCCGCAAAUACCAACAGGCUCCUCAAGUGCUGUUCAGUCACAAAAACCCGCCACAAGAGCUGCAGAACACGGACGCUUCAGUCGGAGACAAUAUUGGCUAUAUAACAUUUGUUCUUUUCCCACGUCACACAAACGACAGCAGCCGAGGUAAUACCAUUAACUUGAUCCACACAUUGAGAGAUUAUCUGCACUACCAUAUUAAAUGUUCCAAGGCAUAUAUUCACUCAAGAAUGCGAGCAAAAACCUCUGAUUUUCUCAAAGUGUUGAACAGAGCCCGGCCGGAACCUAAAGUAGUUGAGAAGAAAACCAUUUCUUAA